UUCGCGGUUGCAACAAACCCCCAAAGACAAGUAAGCCGUAUUCAACGCCUCUCAGCUCACACCAAACGACACCGUUAAAAUCCUCUCUUUCUUCCCCACAGCUGCAGAAACCAAGGAGAUAAUUAUCCCAUCCUUCGCCGACCACAAGGCCAGAAACAGCACCGCCUCAACUGCUCUUUGAAUCCGCCACGUCACUGAGGGCGAAACCGACUUAUCUAAUCGCCGAUCAUCCGUCAACUGUCGCGCCACCGCCCGGUAAUGCGAGUGACCUGAGUUUCUGUCACCGGAGACGGCGGUUUUGAGACUGAAAUGGAUCGGGCAGGAAUGACAGCUGGUCCCGGUAUGGAUAUGCCGAUCAUGCACGAUAGUGAUCGCUACGAUUUCGUUCGAGAUAUCGGCUCGGGUAACUUCGGUGUGGCCCGAUUGAUGAGAGAUAAGCAGACGAAUGAGCUCGUUGCGGUUAAGUAUAUUGAGCGAGGCGAUAAGAUAGAUGAGAAUGUUCAGAGAGAAAUUAUCAAUCACAGGUCUUUGAGGCACCCUAACAUUGUCAGAUUUAGAGAGGUGAUUCUGACACCUAUCCAUCUUGCUAUUGUGAUGGAGUAUGCAUCUGGUGGAGAAUUAUUUGAACGCAUAUCUAAUAAAGGACGAUUCAGUGAGGAUGAGGCACGUUUCUUCUUUCAACAACUUAUAUCUGGAGUGAGCUACUGUCAUUCGAUGCAAAUAUGUCAUCGGGACUUGAAGCUGGAAAACACACUGUUAGACGGAAGCCCGGCGCCUAGGCUGAAGAUAUGUGAUUUUGGGUACUCCAAGUCUGCUUUGCUGCAUUCACAACCAAAAUCUACAGUGGGUACUCCUGCUUAUAUUGCUCCUGAGGUGUUACACAGAAAAGAAUAUGAUGGCAAGAUUGCAGACGUGUGGUCCUGUGGAGUGACAUUGUAUGUUAUGCUGGUCGGUACCUAUCCAUUUGAAGAUCCUGAAAACCCCAAGGACUACCGUAAGACAAUUCAAAGAGUCAUUAAUGUUCAGUAUUCUAUUCCAGAGCAUGUUAAUAUAUCCGGGGAAUGUCUGCAUCUGAUUUCAAGGAUCUUUGUGGGUGAUCCUGCUCAACGCAUCACCAUACCCGAGAUCAAGAACCAUGUGUGGUUUCUCAAGAACCUCCCAGCAGAUCUGAUGGACGAAACAACAAUGGGCGACCAAUUUGAAGAGCCGGAGCAGCCUAUGCAGAGCCUGGAAACCAUCAUGCAGAUAAUCUCCGAGGCUACCAUACCUCCGGCUGGUUUGUAUAACCUAGACAUGAUGGAUGAUGACUUGGAAGACCUAGACUCUGAUCCCGAUCUUGAUCUUGACAGCAGUGGGGAGGUCAUUUAUGCAAUGUGAACGUAGAUAAGUAUGAAGACAGCCUGUGACUGCAUAAAACAGGCAUUGACUCAGACAGAAAUAGUUUUGAGGGGCGAUAGUGUCAGUAUACCGUUCCUGUUUUAUGGUAAGGGGACGAUAUAGUGUUGAGAAUAUACAGAGUGAAUGCAAGCGAGUAGAUGCUGUGCUUAUAGUCCUUUCGUCCUUCCAUACGGCAGCAUCACUCUCGUGUCUACUUUACGACAUGUUUUAUUCCACUCUAUUUUGUAUGUACUGUGUUUCCAUGACUCUUUGUAUGUAAUGAGCUAUAUAAACUGUUUGUGGAGCUUGUAAUAAUUUUCACUCGGUGUAUCGUAUAAUCUUGCUUAUUUUA